CGGGGUACAGAGGGCUUCUGGAAGUCUGUUGCACACUACGUCCCCAGGGAGCCCACAGAGAUGCGCAUCCUUAACCCCUACUUCAUCCAGGAGGCUGCCUUCCAGUUCAUCGGCCUGCCGCUCAAUAAUGGACUCAUGGGCAAAGGGGUGAGUGACACUCAAACAGAAACCCGCUCCAGUUGAAUAAAAAUAUAAAUGUUAUCAAAAAAUUGCAUUGCAUUGGAAUGUCCUGAGAAGAACCAUCAGAAUGUUCUGAAAAAACAUGUAUGGUGCUAGUAGACGUUUGCGGAAAAUGCCAUGUCUUCAAUCACCUGAUUCAGGUGGAUAAGAUUCAGCUCAGUUUGCAGUCUGCACGCAAACACAUAUGCAGACAUGCAUUCACACAUGCAGUACAAAGUGUAUAGACUCUUACUCACUUUUUUUUUAAGUUCAAGAAUAAUAUGCACACCCCGACAGAGGCGCAUUCCCUCUUUCACAUAUAUAUGCGCACACACUCAACACAUGCGACGAAACGGUACACAACCCACAGGCAGCCGGGAGCCGUUGACCGACCGCGCGGUCAUAACCAAAGUGUGUUUGACACAAACUCAAACCUCGCUGCCAGUAGAACCCCUGUUCCUAUGACAACCACCGCAACGCAGCACCUUGCCGUGCCAUCACAGGAAAUUAAACCGUUAAAGGGAUACUGCGAGAUUCUGGCAUUUAAGCCCUUGUUUUACUUACCCAGAAUCAGUUGAUGUGCUGUAUGAAGGAAGUUAGUGGUCGUUUUGUGAGCCAAUGCUAACUAGCAUUAGCUCAAUGACUGCAAGUCUACAGGUACGGUAGCAUUAUCCCGCAGUAUUCCUUUAAAACAAGUCUCCAAACAUGUCUUGGAGAUCAAAGACCCAAAUGACAGGAAUACUUAUUUUUUAUAUAUUCUCACAAAAACCUAGUGCUCUGGUAGCUGCUAUGGAUGAACCCUAUGAUUGAUAGACAUGGCCGCACCUGACUUCAUUUCAAACUAAACUAAACAGAAUUGUGUUGAAUAGUAAGUGGUCUAGCCAACUUCAGCUGUUUUCAUAUUCUAUUGUGAACUACAACUAAUUUGAUGGGUUAAUUGAUAGUAUAGUCUAUUAAUGACUAAUUAUAGGUUGUCAUGGAGCCACAAAGGGGCAGUUAAAGAACCACAUAAGGCUCCAGGGCCACAUGUUGCAGACCACUGCUCUAGAAAACGGUUUACGGAGGGAAAAUGAAUCUUCAGACAUAUUACCGCAAAUGCUGUCACCCUCCAGGACAGGAACUGUGCAGCAGACUAGCUUGAAAGGCUGAAGUUCCAAAGAAGAGAGCAGGGGAGAUGGGUUAGGGGUUAGGGAGGUGGGCUGCAAAAGGAGUUAGGGAGGUGGGAAGGGGUACAAGAAAUGUACAGCCUUCUGCCCUGAACACCUGGUCUACAGGAACAUGUGUAGAACAUGUGGGGAGCCCUGGUGCCCCCUCAGUGUGUGUGUGUGGGUAUGUGUGUUGGUGGGGGGCUGUCCCAAACAAUAAUGAUCAAGGCAGGAUGCAGCCUGACACAUCAUUCCCCUAAAAUGCCCACCUUUAUUGCUCCUGAUUAGUGCGUGUGGGUGUUUACGUGCUGACACGGGGGGGGACACUAAGAUACACCUGCCCUGAGGGCUCCAAAUCAGGCUGAUGAUUUAGAGGGGGCCUCUCAUCCCCUCCAACCCUCCUCCUCCUCCCCAUGUACCCCUAGGCUUUGAGGAAGUGGAGGUCUGCCCUCUCAAACUACUGUGACAUUGUGGGGGUGCGCCUCUUUAAGCAAAUUGUUGAUCACACUCAGAUCAGGACGAGUUAACAACUCCGGAGCAACAGGGGGAGCGGAAAGGGAGAGUGGUGCCAGACCAGUCACAGACUAGAAGCAAGAUAGCAGAUGUAAAGGAAGAUGGGGAAUACAACGGUUCAUAUAGACAUUUUCAGUUUUGAUUUGAUUUCCAAUGCUUUCUUGUACUACCUACUGCUCUUAGUGUAAAGGGUGUUGGCUCGUUGAUGACAAACUCUCGUCUCACCUUCUAAUAACGCUUUUUUCCUACAUUGCACCCCAACAUAUAAGAUACGACCCACUAUAAUAAAGUGACAUGGCCGCUAGUGAUGCGCGGGUUGACUAAAGAAAAAAUAAUACAUAAUUAUUAUUUUUUUAAGUAUAAUUCUUGUGCAAUUUAUAUCUAUAGGCUACAUUGAGGUUUUUCUUUUUAGGCUAUCUGUCAUUAGUGCGUAAGCUUAAGCUUUAGGGCCUAACUUUACGCGAGCCAAAUAGCCUACACGCCAAUCACCAAACACUUUUGGGAACAGGCAGAAAAGUUAGUCGAUCCACUGAGGCAAAAAGGACAAUGUUGGAGUUUAAUUAAAUAAGAAAAAGCUGCAAAAUGGAGAGUUGAAAAUAAAGAGAAGGGAGAGCCAGAAAAGUAAUGUUUGGGAAAGAUUUGGUAAAGUGGUAAAGAGGAUGAUAGCAGUGCCUGCUAUGUUAUGUGUGAUGGUUGUGAGGUGCUAUACAAAUUCAACAUUCACAAGACGGACUUCAAAUAGGCCUAUGGCACGUCAAGGGAACUGUAGCCUACUGUUCAGAUGGGUUAUAUGGAAACUGAGAUCUGGACACUAACUGUAGGUCUAUAACCUUUCUUAAUAUUAACUCCUGCAGAAUUAAGCAUUUCAUUUAGUAAAAUGAUACACCAAAUGUACAUUUUGACUCAGGAACAGGAGUUGAGAAAUAUGAUUUCUGUAGAUGCUGAAAAUAUGAGGAUUUUCAGCAUCUACAGACAGUCCUCUAUCUUUAUCAGCAUCAUAAAAGCUGAUAGUAUUUAAACCACAUAAAAUAUGCAACCAAGCCGAACUGAAAUCUUAUCAGAAACAUGUUGGGUCGUUUUCACAGCAUUUGUAUUUCCUUACAAGUGGUCAAACUGAUGUCAUUUGGAAAUUUGGCACAGAAAAUUGUUCUCAUUUUUAUUUUUCCCCGGUCCCUAAACGUCUUUGCUCCGCGAAAGAGGCAGGGAUGACAUAACUUUACCGAUGUCGACUAGAUUGAAGCAUUCAUUCUAUAAUUUAUGACAUUCUGGUGAGCAAGGGUUUAUUUAGUUUUCUAGGUUAACAUAUAAUGACAGAAGAGAAGCUGCAUGUAUUUAAUUAUAGACAAGUUGACUAACAAAUGACAGAAAUUAUAAGCAGAAACAUAUGCAAAUUAAACAAAGAAAAUCCUGCAUCCCCUGUCAUAAAAUCAUUCUGCCGUCUCUGACUGUAGCCUACAGCACAUUUACUAUAUUUGCGGGUCCGGUGCGGGCCUCAGAUUUUCACUUCAUCACAUAUAGUCGGGUGGUUUCAGAUGGGUUAUGAGACGGGUGCGGGUGAACAAACAGCUGACCCACGCACCACUAAUGGCCACCUCUGUGCUUCUGCUUUUCCAGAAUAUUCCAACCCUGGGGACGGUCGCCAUAACGAUGGCGCUGCAUAACUGUGAUGAGGUGGUGGUGGCCGGCUUCGGUUAUGACAUGAACACGCCUCACGCACCCUUGCACUACUACGAGACGGUCAAAAUGUCUGCCAUCAAAGAGGUGCGUGUUUUUGUUGCAUUCAUAUCAACUGGAAAUGAGUACAUCUCAGGACUCUUCGAGUGGUGUGUCCUCUCCUUGUGAAAACGCAUUGUCAGUACACAUCCACCAUAUUGCUUUCCCUGAUCCUGUGUUUUCAGGUGAGUGCAGAUGAGAGAGCGGAGACUACAUUGGCUCCCCACUAGACCUAUUAGACUAACGAGAGUGUUAUUCCGAUAUCUGUGUCUUUUUGAUUGGCUCUUGCAUCCCCCCCCUCCUCCCUUUGAACUUCGACCAAAUAAAUUACCCCAAGACAGAGCGUUUUAAUCCUCCACUCCCGACUGCAUCAGUGUUCUAUUAUUACAGAUGUCACAGAGGGGAGCUGUCAUAUGAACUAUGAGCUCAGAAUGAUAACCUUUGUCUAAACUCCCAGUGAACUCCUGACAUUUGCCAUGUUGAGCAGUGUAAUCAAUGGAAACAUCAACUGGUAGGUCUAUCGUCAUUGGAACACUAAAAGACUACCUCUCCCUCAUGUCCUUCCACUGGUGGUAAUGUGCUGAGGUCACCUCUCAGGGGGUGAUGAGAUGCAAUUGUAUCCUUACUCACUGUCUGACGUGAACUAGUCCCCUCCUUCAAACAGCGUUACCCACCAUAGACGCAAGACGGCUCAAGGUGCACUUUGGGGUGUUUUUCAACUUUCUUUAGCUUAGUGUAAAGGGACCGUACAGGAGUGAAUGUAGAAUACCACACUGUACAGCAUGGCUGUACACACCAUUUGUAUGUGUGUGUUAUGUGGAUGCAAAGAUGUUAAAGCAAGAGGGAGGUUGCUUCCAUAUCGUCUACUUUCUGACCUAGCUCCUCAUCCCUGGACUCUGAAGACACACACACCGGUGUUACCGCUCCCGUCUUUCCCGGCCAAGCUCCCUGUAGAGCAUUGAAACCCUAGCCCUGGAUCCGUGUGGUUCCGUGUGAGUGAGAUCCGUCAGUGUCCGGGCCGGGCCAACACAGACAGGCCAGGGGCCCUCGAGCGGCUCGGUCCCACAGCUUGGACCCAGGUGGGUUCCCUGGGCCAGCUGUGGGGCCCAGUUCAGCCCAGUCCUCGCACUAUCAGGCCCCAGAGCCCACCACCUGCUCUGGUUACACACACUGCCGACCGGACUGAGGGCCUGGAUCACAAUGGGGAGGGAAACUUGGUGUGGCUCCAUACACACACACUUUAAUCUAUCACACAUUAACCAGAAAAAACUAUGCAUUUACUAAAGUACUUAUGGCAAGGCUCUUAACCAGGUCAAGUUAAUUUUUUUGAUGCAGAGAGAUAGAGAAGCAGAAUAGGAUGCAAGAAACCUGACCCGCAUUCAUCUGACAAUCUUCUUGUUUCUCAUUGUGUUCCCUUGCACCUCCACAGUCCUGGACACACAACAUAUCCAAGGAAAAGGAGUUCCUCCGCAAGCUGGUGAAGGCCAACAUCAUCACGGACCUGACUAACGGGAUAUGA